AUGGUUGUUGCUACUUCUCGUUUCCUUAUUCUCGGUUUAGCCGCCGCCGCUCUAUCGGUAUCAGCUUCUCCUGUCCCUGCUAACUUUGCCAAUGUUGCCCUUGAGGCUCGUGAUGUAUCUGUCGAUGAUGCCGCUUAUGCCUCAUCAUUGAAGCUCUCUGAAUGCGAGAAGUUGGCUCGUGCUGCUUCCAAGAGUGUUCUCAGCUCUUGUAAGUCUCGCUCCAAGUGUAUCUCCAAGGGCAAGUGCAGUGUUUACACUACCACCGUUACUAUCGGUCCUGAUAAUGGCAAUAAGGCUACUACUACCACUGUUACCAUUGGAGGUCAAGACAAGACCAAGACUGUAACCUUCCAUCCUACCACCAAGACCAUCACCGAUAACCAUAAUGGACAUCACACCACCAAGACCAUUGUCGUCAGCAAGGAUCAUGAUAAGACCAAGACCAUCACUAUCACUGCUCCUCAAGAAACCAGCAAGUCAUCAACUGUCAAGCCUACCGCUGAUUGCACUACAAAGACAAUCACCACCAAGCACAAUGGCACCAAGACCACCAAGACUAUUGUUUUAACCAAGGAUCAUGGCAAGACCAAGACCAUCACUAUUACUGCUCCUAAUAAGACUAGUAAGCCUUCAACUGCCAAGCCUACUGCUGGCUGCACCACCAAGACUACCACUAUCACUGAGGGACACAAGACCAAGACCCGUACUAUUGUCAUUAGCUCCAAUGGAACCAAGAUCAAGACCAAGACUAUUACCGAGAAGCCUUCUACUUCUACCACCAAAGCCACCUCUGCAACUGCUACCACCAGUUCAGAAUCUGCUACCAAGUCUACCUCUGCUACUGAGCCUACUUCUGCCGCCGAGUCUACCUCUGCCGCCGAGUCUACCUCUGCUACUGAGUCUACCUCUGCUACUGAGUCUACCUCUGCUACUGAGUCUACCUCUGCCGCCGAGUCUGAAUCUGCCACUACUACUUCAGAACCUGCUACUGCUACUACUACUGAGUCUACCUCUGCUACCAAUUCUGAAUCUGCCACCGAGUCUGAAACUGCCACUACUACUUCAGAACCUGCUGCCGAAACCACCUCUGUCACCGAGCCUGAAUCUGCCAUUACCACUUCAGAAUCUGCUACCGAAACCACCUCUGCCGCCGAUUCUGAAUCUGCCAGUAGUGCUGCCACAGAAAGCGCAUCUGAGAGUGAGAGUGCUUCUUCCUCUGCCACUGCUUCCUCGACUGAGCCUGCUGAAGAAACUACUACCACUGCUGAGGAAACCAGCGCUACUAAUGUUGAAGAACCCACCACUAAUUCUGAGGUGGCCAGCAGCACCGAUGCUGAAGAAACCAGUACUGAAGCUAAGGAAACCACCACUCAAGCUGAAGAAACCACUUCUAGUGAAUCUGCCUAA